UGUUGGGAUAACAAACAGAAACAGAACAACACACCGAAAGCCAAAAAGCCAAAACCAAAAACCAAAACCAAUCAAAAAAGCAAACCCAAAAACAAAAAAAGAAAAAAAAAGAGAGUAAUUUCGAGAUUCAUUCUCUGUUCUUUCCUUCUUCUUCUUCCUGAAUCUACAUUUUCUGUGAGAAAGCUCUGAUUUUAAUCCCAUUCCUUCAUUACUUUCUAUUUUCUCUUCACACAACACAUCUAAAUCUUCCUAAUGAGUCGGUACGAUUCCAAUCCUUUCGACGAAGACGUCAAUCCCUUUUCUAAUCCUGGAGUUGGAAGUGUUCCACCUGCAAACUCAAGGCUUUCACCUCUUCCCCCUGAAACUUAUGAUCGUGGUGCAACAAUUGACAUUCCUCUGGAUAAUUCUAAGGAUUUAAAAGCUAAGGAGAAGGAGCUUCAAGCUAAAGAAGCUGAAUUAAAGAAGAGGGAACAGGAAUUAAAACGGAGGGAAGAUGCCAUUGCAAGAGCUGGAAUUAUCAUAGAGGAGAAAAAUUGGCCACCAUUUUUUCCCCUUAUACAUCAUGAUAUUGCAAAUGAAAUACCGAUCCAUCUACAAAACAUUCAGUAUGUUGCCUUCACAACAUUGUUGGGUUUGGUUGUGUGCCUUUUCUGGAACAUUGUAGCAGUUACGACUGCUUGGAUCGAAGGUGAAGGUCCAACAAUAUGGUUUCUUGCGAUUAUCUACUUCAUAUCAGGUGUACCUGGAGCAUAUGUUGGGUGGUAUCGUCCUCUCUAUCGUGCUACCAGGACCGAUAGUGCUCUGAAGUUUGGGUGGUUUUUCCUAGUUUACCUGAUUCAUAUUGGCUUCUGCGUCUUUUCUGCAGUUGCUCCUCCCAUUAUUUUUAAGGGAAAAUCUCUUACAGGGAUCUUACCUGCUAUAGACCUGUUGAGUAGUAAUGCUUUGGUUGGGAUAUUCUACUUCAUUGGUUUUGCAUUCUUCUGCAUUGAAUCACUAAUCAGCAUAUGGGUUAUCCAGCAAGUUUACAUGUAUUUUCGAGGUAGCGGUAAGGCUGCAGAAAUGAAACGUGAAGCCGCCAUGGGAACUCUGAGGGCAACUUUUUGAUAUGAACAUUCAAACAUGGUUUAUAAAUGCUGUGGAGGUUCAAAGAUCAACUCCAUCUCCCACCCCAUACCUGAACACAGAGAGAGAGUGUGUGUGUAAGGAAAACCCAUUAUUUUGAUCACUUUCAUUACAUCAGUUUUCAUAUAGUGAGGUUGCUUAUCGUGUUAUUUUCGUAUUAAUUCAUUAAACUGUCUUAGCCAAAAACCAGAGGAAAUUUAGCAGGCACAACAAAUUUUUUUCCACUU